GUCCCUCUUCAGGACCAUGUUAUAUUCUCACAUCUCAAACGAUUAAACCCACCAAAUCAAAUUACCAACUGCCCAGUGCAGUGGCGCCAUAGCUAAACCCUAAAACCCUUGCAAUUUUCUGGGCAGAAAGAGUGAUUAUAUUCUUCAAUUCCCUCAACAAAGCCAAUCACCUCGACGAACUUGCCCUACUUUGGAAGCAAUUGGAUUCGACUGAUUGUAAUUCGUAAUCAACUUGAAUAAUUUUGCAUUUCCAAAAUGUUGCAGAGCAAGUCUUUCGUGAAGAAGACGAAGGGAGGCAAAGUUGUCAAGGUUGUUCGAGAACACUAUUUAAGAGAUGAUAUUUACUGUGGUGCUUCAAUUUGUAAAACUUGUGAUUCUUCAGUUGCUCGGUUGAGCUCUGAUGCUUCCACUAUUAUCAUUGUUGAUACAAAUGUUGUUCUUAAUCAGAUUGAUUUGCUUGAGAAUUCAGCAAUUGAUGAAGUGGUGGUGUUGUCUGUGGUGUUGGAGGAGGUUAAGAAUAAGAACCUUUCUGUUUACAACAGGCUUAGAACUCUUUGCAGCAAUUCUCAACGGAAGUUCUUUGUUUUCUCAAAUGAGCAUCACAAGGAGACUUAUGUCAAAGCUAUGGUCAAUGAAAGUCCAAAUGAUCGAAAUGACAGAGCAAUUCGCGUUGCUACUCAAUGGUAUCAGAAGCAUCUGGGCUCAGCAGUGCGAGUCUUAAUGAUUACAAAUGAUAGGGAAAACAAAAGGAAGGCAAAUGAGGAAGGCAUAUCAGCUGAGACAGUUGAGUCAUAUGUCAAAUCACUGGGUCAACCAGCAUUGCUUGAUCUGCUUGCGCGGCCAGCAUCCGAAGACGUGGUGAUGGAUAGUGUUGAAGACUUGAGACCAUCCAAGCGGAAAGUUAUUUACAGUGAGCAUAAACCAAUGUCAGAGAUCACUACUGGUUUACAUCGUGGCAUUUACCAUCAAGGAAAACUCCGUGUGAACCGUUAUAAUCCAUUUGAAGCAUAUGUUGGAAGUGAGAGCAUUGGUGAUGAGAUAGUCAUACAUGGGCGAACAAACAUGAACAGAGCUUUUGAUGGUGAUGUAGUGGCUGUGGAACUUUUCCCUCAAGAUCAGUGGCAUGCAGAGAAGUCCCGAAUAGCAGAUGAAGAGGAUGAAGAAGAUGAAAGUGUGCACCUUGUUCAAAGUAGUGCUGAUGAUGCGCCUAGAAGUACAAAUGUCCAAGGCUCCAGUGCAGAUACAACUCCUAGUCGUCCAUCUGGAUGUGUUGUGGGUGUCAUAAAGCGGAACUGGCACUCUUAUUGUGGAUCUCUAGAGCCAAUGCCUAUGCCUGCUGGUGCUGGUGGGAUUGCUCAUGCUUUAUUUGUUUCAAAGGAUCGUAGAAUACCUAAGAUUCGUAUUCAGACUCGACAGCUUGGAAAUCUUUUAGAUAAGAGAAUUGUUGUGGCUGUUGACUCUUGGGACCGUUUAUCUCGCUAUCCCUCUGGUCACUAUGUACAAACCAUUGGAGAAAUUGGUGAUAGGGAAACUGAAACUGAGGUUGUACUUAUAGAGAACGAUAUAAACUCUCGACCAUUUUCUUCUCAAGUAUUGGCUUGCUUGCCACCGUUACCGUGGUCAGUGUCUGCUGAACAUCUUUCUGAUCCCAACAGAGAGGACUUAAGACAUUUACAAGUUUUUAGUGUUGAUCCUCCAGGUUGCCGGGACAUUGAUGAUGCUCUUCACUGUACACUUCUUCCAAAUGGAAACUUUGCUGUGGGAGUCCACAUAGCUGAUGUAACUAAUUUUGUCCAUCCCGGAACUCCUCUUGAUGAUGAGGCGUCACAGAGAGGGACAUCGGUGUAUCUGGUGGAGCGACGAAUUGACAUGCUUCCAAAACCUUUGACAGAAGAUAUUUGCUCUCUUAGGUCAGAUGUUGAAAGGUUGGCCUUUUCUGUUAUUUGGGAAAUCACACCACAAGCAGAUAUUAUAUCUUCUAGGUUCACAAAAAGCGUUAUCAAGUCAUGUGCAGCAAUGUCUUAUGUUGAGGCUCAAGCCAGGAUGGACGAUAGUCGCCUGGUUGAUCCGCUAACUACUGAUCUAAGAAAUAUGAAUGUUUUAGCAAAGAUAAUGAGGCAAAGGCGUAUUGAUAGAGGAGCCUUGACACUUGCUUCUGCAGAGGUCAAGUUCCAGAUCGAUACUGAGACUCAUGACCCUCUCGAUAUUGGAAUGUAUCAAAUUCGAGAAGCUAACCAAAUGGUUGAGGAGUUUAUGCUUGCUGCCAAUGUUUCAGUUGCAGAAAAAGUAUUGAAACAUUUUCCAUUUUGUUCAAUGUUAAGGCGUCACCCUACUCCAACAAGAGAGAUGCUUGAGCCUCUGCUACGCACUGCUGCUGCUGUUGGCCUUGAUCUGGAUGUCUCAUCAUCAAAGGCACUUGCUGAUUCACUCGACCGGGCAGUGGGUAAUGAUCCUUAUUUCAACAAGCUGAUCCGGAUUCUGGCAACAAGAUGCAUGUCACAGGCAGUAUAUUUCUGCAGUGGAGAUCUCAGCCCUCCAGAGUAUCUUCAUUAUGGUCUUGCUGCACCUUUGUACACUCAUUUUACUUCUCCUAUACGAAGAUAUGCAGAUGUAGUAAUACACAGGUUACUAGCUGCAUCCAUAGGGAUAUCCAAGCUUCCAGCAAUAUUCCAGGAUAGGCCUCAACUUACAAGUAUUGCUGACAAUUUGAACUACCGACAUAGAAAUGCCCAAAUGGCUGGUCGGGCAUCGGUGGAGCUUCAUACACUAAUAUACUUUAGGAAACGGCCCACUGAUACAGAGGCCAGAAUAGUGAAGAUAAGAUCCAAUGGUUUUAUUGUAUUUGUGCCCAAGUAUGGUAUUGAGGGGCCUGUUUAUUUAACUGCAAGAGGUGAUAAUGGGAGCGGAGAAUGGUUGGUGGAUGAGCAGCAUCAGCAGGUUAAAAAAGCAGAUAGUAGCAUUUGUUACAAUGUUCUGCAAAUGGUGAGAAUUCAUAUGGAGGUGGUAGAACCCCAGCCAAACAGGCCUAAGCUUGAACUGACUCUUACUGAAUAAAUCAGAUUUCUCAACCUUCCUGUUGUGAUUUUUUCCCAUUUUAUCCAAGUAUGGCGGGUUUAUUUCAUUCGUGCUGUUAUUAUUUACAAAAUUCAUGUUUGUAAAUAUCGUUGGCAGAAGGCACCCUAAAAGAAUCACUCAACCUUUGGUUCAUAAAGUUGGUAUAGAUUUUUUUUUUUUUUUUUUUUU